AUGGGUAUCCACCUUACAGUGACUAAAUUCUGGAGUCUACACCUUGGCCACUCAAUAGAGCUCCUGCCUUCAAGGAUAAAUCCUGCAAGAAGACUUUAUCGUGGAAGCAUUAUGUAUUUACAUAUUCAUAGCUAUAUCCGUCUUCAUCUGUAUAACAAAUAUACAAAUGAAAUAAUUGUUGUGUCAAGGUUGGACCAAUUUACUACCAAGGGAAUAGGCUAUGGACCAGUGAUGCAAAAUUCCCUAAAAAAUUCCCCUAGCUAUUUAAAUUGUCUGUGCGCCUCCUCUGCCCUUCUUCCUUCUCUGGCUUCACGAAACAGCGAACUUGUUACGAUGAGUUUCAAUAGCAAAGUUCUUUUAGAAUUGGAGGCCAAUAGUAGCACCACUAACCCUUCAACUUUACGCUUAGAGUCAAAACUUCAAUUUUGCGGCAAAGAUAAUAUCUUUUUGCAGCCUGGAACUACAAAACUAAAUCCACCUGAGCAGAAGCCCACCAUUAGUCCUAUUCCCAAGAGCCACGUUUUUGGGAAAGUGAAGGAUUUCCUAGGCGUUAUAUCAGAAUCAAACAGAAAUCUGAUGCAAGAAGCCAAGGACAAACCUGAAAAUUAUGACAUUGAAGUCCUGAGUGGAAGAGAAUCUGAAUACAUUGAAAUGGACUUGAUGCUGGGUGUAGCUGAUCUUCAUACCCCGGAAGCUGUUGCUGCUGCAGAGUCUGCAAUAGCUGGUUAUCAACCGAUAAUUCCCUUGGCCGCCGAUAGUAGUAGCGGGUCAGAAUCUGAAGAUAGCAGUGGCGAUGACGAUGACAAUGUUAAGGACGACGAAGAAGAAACUAGCAAACAUUCUGCAAAAUUUUGUUCCAAGGUUGCUGAAAAGGAUUCAAGAAUAGCAUCCAGGAAUCAGAAAUCUAGAAAACGUCGAAAGAUUGUUGAGCUUUCUUAGAUUUUGAUAUUGUAUCACCUAUCUAUUAUCUUGUAAUAGGAUAUAUUUGAGUUAAUUUUGAGACAAUAACAAAGGUCAGUAAACUUUUAAUAACUAAAACAUUUCCUCUAGAGCGAG